CAAUUGGCAACACUGACAUUUAGAUACAAGUACGGUCUAAGUGCAAUACUUUAUUUUUUUGUGUAAAAUUCUAAAAUGUAUACUGUCUCAAAAGGACCUAGCAAGAUUGUAGCAAAAACUCGAAGAGGUCUAUCACAAAAUUUAGAAAGACUAGACAGCCGCAAAGACCACAACAGAAGAUCUUCAGAUUCUGACAAUGGAGAUAUUAUCAAUAUGCCCAAACCAGUAUUCCAUUCCAAUGGUAAAAAGACAGUUCAUCAGAGAAUACAGCAGCAUGUUAUAACUCCGCAGCAUGAAGAAAUGAUUCGAUAUAUCAGUGAAACCUGGACACAAACAGCGAAUGGAGAUAGUGAACCAUCAACACCUACAAGUACAAUAGGAUCAGGUAGUUCAUCACCAGCUCCAGAGAACCUUUACUACCAAGACGAAGCACCGAGUGCAGUCCUCAAUGAUUUUAAACCCUUCGAUCUUGAGACAUGGUGGGGCAAGAGACUCUUCCAGAACAUCACCAGCUCGCUCUGAGAUCAGACCAUCAUACAAAUAACGGGAACAUGAAAUUAUACCAUAGUAAGUCACAAUCAAUUGCAGUUUACUAAAUUUUAUAUAAAUAAAUAUAUUUUAUGAUAACAAUUUUGCCAUAACAAUAUUAAUGCAUUUGAUAUUUACAAAAACUAUAUUUAAAAGACAUUUUAGUAUUAGUUGAGUUUUAAGAUAUAGUGAAAAUAAGCAAGUAAACAAUAUGGCAUUCAUGUUAAACUUUAUAAGGCAAAGAAUAUGUAUAUCUUUUCUGUCAUAUCCAUACUCUUCCCGAUGAUAUAAAACAUACAAUGUUACAAAUAAACGCGGUAUAAAGUUAUACUUAGGAAUAAACUUAGUACAAAUUUUGCUU